AUGAUGGACAGUCCUCUGCAUGACACCCUCACUACUGAUGAUGACAAUAAGGCUUGUUCAGAGCUGCCAACUCCCAAAUGCUCAGAUAUCUUCCGAAUUACUCGCGCUGAGCCUUGGGCGAUCAACACACGCAACUGGUGGUUAUUCUCAUCUGAGCCUAAGCUGUGUUUUCAACUGAACCAAAGCUCUUCCUGGAAAGGUGGUUCUUUGUUCCCGAUAUACAACAUCUGGAGCCCCGCAUACUUCGGGAUCUUGCUACCGCUGCCAGAUGUAAAAACUUAUAAGCUGAGCUGCAAUGACCUUCUUGUCUCUAGUUACGAAGACGACACAAGAUUUCUCAAGAGUAGAGAUAUUAGGCCAAUUCCUUUCGAUUUGACGACCGUCGUCGGUGGUAUUGAUGUCGACUAUCCCUCAUUCCUGUGUUGUAAAUGUUGUGUUCGAUAUCGAGGAUGGGUCACCUUGGGGAGUAGCGAACGCUGGCGAUUCGAUGAAACCUGGAAUUCCUACUACCAGUUCCAGCGCGUGCGUGAGCGAUUGCAUGACCGGGACUUCCCUAAGGCUUGGAAUACGACGCUUCUAUGGGAGUGCUAUCGUGACUGGAAGCCGGAAUAUGGCAAGGCCCCGGCGGGCCUGCCAUUUGCCAUGGAUAAGGACACGCGCCUCUGUCGGAUCAACCCACUGCAGUACCAGGCAAGGCACUGGAACACUUCUACGCUUGUGGCUCCCGUUAUUGCUAUUAUGAAUCCAGAUGGUAUUAUCUUUAUUGAUGGGUUGAAGGAGGCUACCGAGAUUGAGACUGCCAAUCUUCGGGAUUUGAUUCUAAUGACAGGCCUCGCGAUUGCGAAGUUCGAACGUCCGGUGUGGGAUAAGUGA